UUUGGCUCAUUCCCAUACAUUCAAGCUUAAAUAAAAAAAAACAUUGCAUUUUAUAAUUAUACCGAACAUACGGUAUUUAGAAUCAAGUUUCAAACCCAUACCACUAUGGUUUCAUUCCUGAUUCCAACCCCAUACCACUUUGCAAAUCAAACGCCCCCUAAUAACAUUAAACCAAACGCCCCCUAAUAACAUUAACAAAAUUAAUGUCUGCUUUUACCAAAACUGUAAAAUAAAAAAAAAAAAAAAAAAAAAAAAGUCGAAAGAGGAGAAAAACUCAAGCCUUCUCAAAGAAACCCUCCCCAAAAACCAAAAAUUACACAAUCCCUCUCUUUCUCUCUCCUCCCAAAAACCCCCAUUUCUCUCUCUAUCUCUUCAUCCUCUCAUUUCUUUAGGAGGGAGAAUCAAAAUUGUUCGUCACUUUCAAAUCGGCGAAUUUCUCAAUUGAUUUAGGGUUUUCAUUUUCACCGAUUCUCUCUCUACUUGUUGGUUAUGGAACCUUGAUUUUCUGCGAUAAAGCAUGCAAUUCUGAGAUUUUAGCUUCUUCUUGAAGGUUUUAGUGGAAAAUUUAGGGUUUGAUUUUUCGAUUCUGUUCAACUGCAUUUUUUUUUGGUUUUGCUGGAUUUUUAGUGUGAUUUUUGGUUGAAAUUGUUUCGAUCUUCGGAUGGAUUCGCGAGAUUCAACUUCGUCUUCUUCGAUUAAUGUGGCUAGAGAAGGUUCCGAUGACGACGGUGUUCUUUCGGCCACUGCUUUGCUCGCUAAAGAAGCUUUUGCCUUGUUUCAAUCUGAUAAGUUUUCGGAAUGUGUUGAUGUGCUCAAUCAAUUGUUGCAGAAAAAGGAAGGUGAUCCAAAGAUUUUGCAUAAUAUUGCGGUGGCAAAAUUUUUGCGUGAUGGAUGUUCAGAUCCAAAGAAGUUGGUUGAAGUCCUUGUCAAUGUUAAGAGGAAAAGUGAAGAUCUUGCACGUGCAUCCCGAGAGCAAACAGAUGCUGCUUCCCAAGCUGCUAAUAAAGCCAUUUCUGGAGCCAAAGGAACUAAUAAUUUGGCGAACAGCCCCAGUACAGUUUUCACAGAUGAAUUUGAUUCAUCUGUGGCAGCGCUAAACAUUGCAACUGUCCUAUUCCACCUUCACGAGUAUUCAAAGGCAUUGUCAGUUUUGGAGCCACUGUUUCAGAAUAUUGAACCCAUAGAUGAGACCACAGCUCUUCAUGUUUGCCUCUUGCUGCUGGAUGUUGCUUUUGUGACUCAAGAGGCAUCUAAAUUUGCGGAUGUAAUAAGCUAUCUUGAAAAGGCCUUUGGUGUAAGCUAUAUGCUCAAUCAAGCUGAUGGUGGAAGUACAGGGCAGCAACCAGCUUCAAAUAUUGUAGUGAAGUCCUCAUCAAUUCCCAAUAAUUCGUCAGCCUCUGAUGACUUUAAUCCUGAAGGGACUGCUGCUGGAAAUACCUCAGAAGGUUCCUUAUCGAGAACACUAUCAGAUGAAACGAUUGAGUAUGAGACCUUGCUAUCAACACUCGAUAUAAGCGGGCAGAAUAUUUCCAGGGCAUCUCAUCUGUCAACUUCAAAUGAUCUGUUAAGGACACCAGCUGAUCGGUCUACACCCACCAUUAAUUUGAGGUUACAGUUGCCCCUAUACAAGAUACAGCUUUUGCUCCUCACCAGAAAUCUGAAGGCAGCUAAGCGUGAAGUAAAGCUGGCAAUGAACAUUGCACGUGACAUAGAUUCUUCUAGGGCUCUACUACUGAAGUCGCAGCUUGAAUAUGCUCGUGGGAACAACCCUAAAGCUUUCAAACUCUUGAGAGCAUCAAAUAGUCAAUCAGAUGUUGGAAGUUCAAUUAUAAUCAACAAUAACAUUGGGUGCAUCUAUUAUCAACAGGGGAAUCAACACACAUCAAGCAUAUUUUUCCACAAAGCCCUGAGCAAUUGUUCAUCAUUGUGGAAGGAAAAGCCUCGGAAGCUAGCCACAUUUUCUCAAGACAAAUCUUUUCUCAUAGCAUAUAAUUGUGGUGUGCAAUACUUGUCCUGUGGUAAACCUGUUCUCGCUGCUCGAUUUUUUCUGAAAGCCUGUUUGGUUUUCUACAACAGGCCUCUCCUGUGGCUGCGACUUGCAGAAUGCUGCCUAAUGGCGCUGGAUAAGGGACUCUUAAAGCGUACUGAGACCCCUAGACAUGAAUCACAGGUUAAGGUCCAAGUUAUUGGGCAAGGGAAAUGGAGACAUCUUGCCUUUGAGAAUGGUUCUUUGAGAAGUGGUUUCACUAAUCCCGAUGACAGGGAGGAUUUGAGUCUUGAAAAAAAUAGCAAGCCAACGCUAUCUCUGUCAUUUGCCCGACAGUGUCUUUUAAACUCCCUUCACUUGCUAGGCAAUUCUGAGUUGAAGCAUAUCAAGUCUGGGUCAUUGACAAAAUCUUCUGCAGAGGAAAGUGAAUCUACUGAUGUAGUAACAGCAAAGAACUUGGCUCACAAGAACUUGGGAAGCAAUGAUACGAAGUCUAAAGACACAGCAGGUUCAGGUCAAAUGAGUACAAAUGGAGAUGCAAAAGAACAGAGAGGUGGAGCUCAUUCUAAUACAGCCGCAGCAAACACCCUAUCUGAGUACGAGGAGAUUUGUAAAAGAGAAAAUCAUAAGCUCAAGCAAGCAAUUCUUAUUGAUUUGGCAUUUGUUGAGCUUGAAUUAGGAAAUCCACUUAAUGCGCUCUCUACAGCUCUAACUCUCCUGAAUAUACCUGAAUGUUCCCGAAUGAAUGCCUUUUUGGGGCAUGUUUAUGCAGCUGAGGCCCUUUGCUUGCUGAACAGACCGAAAGAAGCUGCUGAACAUCUCUCUACUUAUUUAGCUAGUGGAAAUGUGGAAUUGCCUUACAGUGAAGAUGAUUGUAGACAGUGGCAGGCAAAGAAAACUCUGGACGCUGAAGAUUCAAAUACUGGACAAACUGCUGCUAGGGGUUCUGUGUAUGAGGAGCAACAAGAUAACGUGUUUCUCUCACCAGAGGAAGCCCGGGGAGCACUCUAUGUGAACUUAGCAUCCAUGCAUGUCUUGCAGGGAGAACUUGAGCAGGCUAGUCGGUAUGCAGCUCAAGCGUUGGCGACUCUGCCUGCUAGCCAAGAAGCUGCACUCAUGGCAGUUUAUUUGGAUCUGAAGCUUGCUAAAUCUCGAGAAGCUCUCAUCAAGUUGAAACGUUGUUGUUGGGUUCAGUUCUUGCCCUUCUCUUCAAGAUCAAAAGCCGCUUCUUGAUCUUUAUUGUCGGUUUUCUUCAUUUUCUCUCAUUUGCACUUAGUCAUGUAGUCCAUAUCGCGGUGCCAGAUAUGAAAGGUAGGUAACCCAAUCUUUACAAAGUAUUUGUAACAUAAAUAUAGUUCGAUUCAGAGAAUAAAUACUUUCAUUUUUCCAUUUUUCUCUCCUUCAAUUUUCCUCCUAGAUUUACAUGUAGCCGAUGUAGGGUCCGAGAGGAUGGUGUGGCUUGGCCAACGUUUUCUCUUAGGUCAGUGUAAUGCCUGCCAUAGUGUCAUUUAGUCAUUUAGAUGUGAGUUGUAGUUAUUGAAUUGUUGAUGUUUUAGUGGCUAGUCAUUUUUAUGUUAAUUGAGAAAUAGAAAAAGAGCAACAUGGAGCAGCUCUUUUCAUACAAA